CAACACGCGCUGUUAAUUAAGGGCUUGCUAAUUAGUAAAGCUAUCAACUCGUAGUUUUCUUAUAGCAAAUCCACAUUGUCAAUAUAUCUAAUUAGGCUCUCAGACAAGAUGACUGCAGUAGAGAAAUGCGUGUUGCGCAGUCCAGAGCAGUAUGAAGUCAUUAUAACGACGACAGAGAUGCACACGGGCGGAGAGCCUCUGCGCAUUUUGGAAUCUGGAUAUCCGGUUCCUCGAGGGGAGACAAUCCUGGAUAAAAUUGAAGAUUUGAGGAAAAACUUUGACCAGUACCGCAGGUUUGUUAUUCUGGAACCCCACGGUCACCUCGACAUGUACGCGGCACUACUGGUCCCCCCUGACCACCCUGAUGCCCACAUAGCGGUCAUCUUCCUUCACAACGAGGGCUACUCGACCAUGUGUGGCCACGCUUGUAUUGCGUUAGGCCGGUACGCUGUCGAUAGGGGUCUGGUGUCCACCACCCACGCGUCAGAUAUCCAGGUCAACAUCCAGGUGCCGUGCGGCCUGGUCAAGGCUUUUGUGGAGGUCUGCCGGGCCGAGGUGCCGAGGACAGCUCGAGUCAGAUUUGAAAGUGUCCCUUCCUUUGUUGUCGCGACAGAUGCCACGGUGGAGGUCAAGGGUCAAGGCCAAGUGAAGGUCGAUGUGGCCUAUGGAGGGGCGUUCUAUGUUUUUGUGGCGGCCUCAGAUGUGGGUGUUGAUCUGAACCUCUCGCCCCUAGCGGACAUACGCCAAGCUGCUACCAAAGUCAAAGAAGCUGCAGCCAAGACGUUUACUCUACACCACCCGACCACCCCGGCGUUUCUGUACGGGACGAUGGUGGUAGACUCGCGGGGUCCGGCUAACCAAGAUGGCGUCUCUCAACACGUCUGCAUCUUUGCCGAUGCUGAGACGGACCGCUCGGCCUGUGGGUCGGGUACGACCGCCCGAGUCGCCCUCAUGUAUCACAAAGGUCACCUACGCCUGGGACAAAGCCACGCCUUCAGGAGCGGCGUCACGGGGGCCGAGUUUACGGCCCGAGCCCUAAGGACAGAGCAGGUUGGGGAGUACGGGGCAGUGGUUGUCCAAGUUCAAGGUCAAGGCUACUAUACGGGAAGGACAACUUUGGCUUUGGAAAGAGGCGAUGGAUUGGGGGCUGGAUUUGUAGUUCGUUAGUUUAGUUUGUGAAAGAAAAUUAGAUGUUCGAUUGACAUUUUCAUGCAUUCAACCAUCAAA